AAUGAAUCUAAAAACAAAAAUCAAGAAGAAUUUAAGCGCAGACCCCGACCCAAAAAUUUCACAUUCUUCACUUUGCCCCCAAAUUCACUCUCCACAACUCGCAUUUCUUCACUCACACUUUCGUUUACUCAUAGUUUCACACAAUCAUAUCGCUCAGAACAUGUGUUGGUGAUGGACUGAGUCGAGACAGUAUUUUCACUGUUAAAUCGUAAAUAGACUAGAAGUAGGAGGAAUUGUAUUACAAUAUGUUUAUUAAGCAGGUUAUUAUUGAAGGCUUUAAGAGUUACAAAGAGCAAGUUGCAACAGAGCCUUUCAGUUCUAAAGUUAAUUGUGUUGUUGGUGCUAAUGGAUCUGGGAAGUCUAACUUUUUCCAUGCAAUCCGUUUUGUAAUUAGCGAUCUCUUCCAUAACCUGCGAAGCGAAGAUAGGCACGCAUUUCUCCAUGAAGGUGCAGGUCACCAAGUUUUAUCUGCUUUUGUGGAGAUUGUGUUUGAUAACUCUGACAAUCGCAUUCCGGUCGACAAGGAGGAAGUUCGGCUUCGGAGAACGAUUGGUCUUAAAAAAGAUGAGUAUUUUUUGGAUGGGAAGCAUAUCACGAAGACGGAAGUCAUGAAUUUACUUGAAAGUGCUGGUUUCUCUCGCUCAAACCCGUACUACGUUGUGCAGCAGGGGAAAAUUGCAUCCUUGACGCUGAUGAAAGAUUCAGAGCGGCUGGAUCUACUGAAGGAAAUCGGAGGUACUAGAGUUUAUGAAGAAAGGCGACGCGAGAGUCUGAAAAUUAUGCAAGAAACUGGUAAUAAGAGGAACCAAAUUAUUCAAGUUGUCCAAUACUUGGAUGAGAGACUAAGAGAGCUCGAUGAAGAGAAGGCGGAGCUGAAAAUAUAUCAGCAGCUUGACAAGCAAAGGAAGUCCUUGGAGUAUACAAUAUAUGACAAAGAGCUACAUGAUGCAAGGCAGAAAGUAGUGGAGAUAGAUGAUGCUCGCAAUAAAGUUUCUGAAGCUUCAACGAAAAUGUACAACAAUGUGCUAGAUGCCCAUGAAAAGUCCAAGGAGUUGGACAAGACAUUUAAAGAUUUUACCAAAGAAAUCCAAAGUUUAAGCAAGGAGAAAGAAUCUGUUGAGAAGCAGCGGACUGAAGCUAUAAAAAAGCAUGCACAACUUGAACUUGAUGACAAAGAUCUUCAAGAAAAGAUCUUCACUAACAUCAAAGCAAAGGAUGACGCAACAAAACAACUUGAGCUUUUACAGAGAGAAAUUCAGGAGUCAACAGAAGAGCUUAAUAAUAUUAAGCCUUUGUAUAACAAUCAAGUUAGAGAGGAGGAGGGUAUUACGAGAGAAAUAAUGGAGCGUGAAAAGCGUCUUAGCAUUCUUUAUCAGAAACAAGGACGUGCAACCCAGUUUGCCAAUAAAGCUGCACGUGAUAAAUGGCUCCAAAAGGAAAUUGAUGAAUACAAACGGGCUUUAUCUACGAAUUUAGCGCAGGAGAAAAUACUUACAGAUGAAAUUGACAAGCUCGAAACUGAUCUAGAAGAGAAGGAUGCCUAUAUUAAUGGCCGUCAAAAUGAUGCAGAAGCCUUGGAAUCAUUUAUAAGUCAGUAUCGGGAAGGCUUUAAUCAGCAUAAGAGACAGAGGGAUAAGCUGCAUGACGAGAGAAAGUCCUUGUGGCAAAACGAAAAUGAACUUUCUUCUGAAAUUGAAAGGCUUAAAGCAGAAAUUGUAAAAGCAGAAAAAAGCCUAGAUCAUGCUACUCCUGGUGAUAUUAGAAGAGGGUUAAAUUCUGUUCGGCGGAUAUGUGGAGAAUAUAGAAUUGCAGGAGUAUUUGGUCCAAUUAUAGAGUUGCUAGACUGUGAUGAGAAGUUCUUUACAGCUGUUGAAGUUACUGGUGGAAAUAGCUUAUUUCAUGUGGUGGUGGAGAAUGAUGAGAUAUCUACCCAAAUAAUUAGACAUCUUAAUGCACUAAAAGGUGGACGAGUUACAUUUAUACCAUUGAACAGGGUAAAGGCUCCUCAUGUUGUUUAUCCACGGAGCUCAGAUGUGAUUCCACUUUUAAAUAAAUUGAAAUUCUUACCCCAGUACAAUCCUGCAUUUGCCCAGGUAUUUGCUAGAACAGUGAUUUGUCGAGAUUUGGAUGUGGCAACAAAGGUUGCAAGAGCUGAUGGCUUGGAUUGCAUUACUUUGGAAGGCGAUCAAGUGAGCAAGAAAGGUGGGAUGACAGGAGGAUUUUAUGAUUAUAGACGCUCAAAACUGAAAUUUAUUAACAUAAUAAGGAAGGAUACACAGUCUAUUGGUGAGAAAGAACAGGAACUGGAGAGGGUCAAAAUCCAGCUCCAAGAGAUAGAUCAGGAAAUCAAUAAACUUGUAUCUGAGCAGCAAAAGAAUGACGCCAAGCUGUCUCAUGAUAAAUCUGAACUGGAACAGAUUAAGCAAGACAUAAACAAUGCUAAAAAGCAGAAGGCUUCUGAUUCUAAAGCGCUUGAAAAGAAGCGUAAGGUGCUUGGAAGCGUAUUGAGUCAAAUUGAUCAGCUUAAAGCAAGUAUGGCCAUGAAAAAAGAUGAGAUGGGUACAGAGCUUGUUGAUCACUUGAGUCCAGAGGAGAAGGACUCUCUGUCACGAUUGAACCCUGAAAUCACUGAUCUGAAAGAGAGGCUCAUCUCAUGCAGGACAAAUCGUAUAGAGAUUGAAACGAGAAAAUCAGAGCUGGAGACCAAUUUGUCAACAAAUCUUGUUAGGCGGAAGCAAGAACUUGAGGCAGUCAAGUUGUCUGCAGAGCCUGAAAUGCUACACAGUGAAGCUGAACUUAAGAGACAAGAACUGAGGGAUGCGAAGCUGUUACUGGAUGACAUGACACAACAGCUAAAAAGAGCUUCUGAGAGCAUAGAAGAACGCACGAAGAAACUAAAAAAGAUCAAGGACGAAAAAAAUAAGCUAAAGACAUUGGAGGAUGACUAUCAGAGGACCCUUCAGGAUGAAGCAAAGGAGCUAGAACAUCUAUUAAGUAAAAGGAAUACAUUUUUUGCCAAACAAGAAGAGUACUCGAAGAAAAUCAGGGAACUGGGUCUUUUAUCUUCAGAUGCAUUUGAAACGAAUAAAAGGAAAAGCAUAAAAGAGUUAUAUAAACUGCUUCACAAGUGUAAUGAACAGCUGCAGCAAUUCAGCCAUGUCAACAAGAAAGCAUUAGAUCAAUAUCAAAAUUUUACAGAUCAACGAGAAGAGCUACAGAAAAGACAAGAAGAACUGAAUGCUGGUGAUGAGAAAAUUAAGGAAUUGAUAUCAGUGUUGGAUCUGAGGAAGGAUGAAUCAAUAGAACGUACAUUUAAAGGUGUUGCCAAGCAUUUUCGUGAAGUAUUUUCAGAACUUGUUCAAAAUGGCCAUGGUCAUUUGGUUAUGAUGAAGAAAAAGGAUGCUGAUCAACUUGAUGAUGAUCCUGAUGAAGACGGGCCCCGUCCAAGUGAUAUGGAAGGAAGGGUUGAGAAAUACAUUGGCGUGAAAGUAAAGGUUUCUUUCACUGGGCAAGGAGAGACACAGUCAAUGAAGCAGCUCUCCGGGGGUCAGAAAACUGUGGUUGCACUGACAUUGAUCUUUGCUAUACAGCGAUGCGAUCCAGCUCCAUUUUACCUAUUUGAUGAGAUAGAUGCUGCCUUGGAUCCCCAGUACAGAACUGCUGUUGGAAAUAUGGUGCGUCGCUUGGCAGACAUGCAAAACACACAGUAUAUAACGACUACUUUCCGGCAAGAGUUGGUGAAAGUCGCUGACAAGAUAUAUGGGGUAACACAUAAAAAUCGGGUUAGCCGUGUCAAUGUUGUUUCACGAGAAGAAGCAUUAGACUUUAUUGAGCAUGAUCAGUCUCACAAGGUUGACUGAGUGCCAGGGGAGCUUAAAGGUCAUUAUAAAAGAUAUCUGAUAUGGUGGUUGUACUCGAGACUAGCGUUUGUUGCUUAGUGUUGUACAAGUGAUGAUGAUGUUUAUUAUUGUUAACAGUCUACUUGACUUCUUGCUUAUGUGGUGCUAUGCAAGUCAGAGGUGUACAAAGUCUAUGUUUAGCUAGAGAAAACUUAUAGUUUAUGUAUCACCAAAGAUUAGUAAUCCGGAUACUGCUACUUCGAUAAUAGUAGUAAAAGUGUGUGAUCCGUCUUUACACGCCCAUUAAAUUUGUGUUUGGCUUUUCGCACAAAUUCUUUAUUUUUGGACUUGACCUGUGAUUGUCUAGCGUAAACAGUUACACGAGAACACAGGUGUGGAUAUGCACUCCUGCCCCAGGUACUAGGUGACGAGUUUAGUAUGAUGAAGAUGCUGAAAAGCUUAAAAUUUUAAGUAAACCAGCUUGCAAUAUUGAACUUGAGUGAAUUGCAUUUUACAAUUCUUAUCAAUGGCUGGAAUUCCAUUCUUGCUACUUGCUUCUGAAAAUUGUACUUGACUUCCCAUUUCUUUGAAACUAGAUACAAAUGCUCCUUGUUACAAUUAAGGUUAAUUUGUGUAAAGGCUUUAUUGUUAUAACCUAUUGCAAUGAUUCAUGUUGCUAUUA